CUGAGCUUCAGUGUGUAAAAGAUGGCUCCCUUUCCAGACGAGGUGGAUGUUUUUACUGGCCCACACUGGCGAAUGAAGCAGCUGGUGGGCUUAUACUGCGAAAAGCUGUCUAAAACCAACUUCUCCAACAACAAAGAUUUCCGCUCGUUUCUUCAGUCGCUGUGCGCCACCUUUAAGGAGUUCAAGAUGCACGAACAAAUUGAGAAUGAGUACAUUAUCGGCCUGUUGCAGCAGCGCUGCUGCACUGUGUACAACGUGCACUCUGACAACAAGCUCUCAGAGAUGUUGUCCCUCUUUGAAAAAGGGUUGCACAACGUCAAGAGUGAAUACGAGCAGCUUAACUAUGCCCGGCAGCUGAAGGAGCGACUAGAAGCUUUCACACAAGACUUUCUGCCCCACAUGAAGGAAGAAGAAGAGGUGUUUCAGCCGAUGCUGAUGCAGUACUUCACCUACGAGGAGCUCAAGGACAUCAAGAAGCAGGUGAUAGCGCAGCACUGCAGCCAAAACCAGUGGGACUGUGCUGCUGAGGUGCUGAAGGGCUUCAGUCUGUGGAGUCAGGCAGAGGAGCUGCAAAAGGCCUUUAAAUAUGCCGACCACGAGAAGACCGAUUAUGACCUGGAAAAGAACAAGAACCCUUCAGCCCACAUCUCCCAGCUUCCUGCUGAAAUCAUGCUGAGGCUCUUCCACUAUUUGAGCCCUGAAGAUCUGAGUCGCUGUAGUCAAGUGUGCAGCUCCUGGUCCGAUCUGGCAAAGACCGGCUCCCUGUGGAGACACCUGUACCCUGUACGCUGGGCCAGAGGUGAUUAUUAUACUGGCCCCCCUGGGGUCCUGGACCAGGAGCCAGAUGAGGAGUGGGUGACGAGUCGGCAGAAAGAGGGUCGGGCCUAUCAGGAGUGGGACGAGGACGCUGAUGUCGAUGAGUCUGAUGGGUCUAAACGAGGCUCCCUGGCUAUCGACACCGCUCAGCGAGAGAAGAGGCUUCUGAACGGGAUCAUCCAGAACCUCCUUCCAGCCGUGGGGCUGUCUGUGAAGUCCAUCGUUCUGGCCUACAGUUCUACGGUCUCCAGUAAAAUGGUGCGCCAGAUCCUCAAUCUCUGCCCCAACAUUACUCACCUGGACCUGACCCAGACGGAUGUCACCGAUUGUGCGUUUGACAGCUGGUCGUCUCUCGGAGCUUGUCUCUAUCUGGAGCACCUGGAUCUGUCGGGGUGUGAGAAGAUCACGGACUACACCACGAAGAAGCUGUCCGUCGGUCUGGGCGACCUCACGUCCUCCACCUGCUUUGACCAGCGCUCAGACCGGCGGGCCAAGCUCCUCAAGAGUUCCUCGAUCCCCAUCACGCUCACGGAAGAGAGGAACCUGCACCCGGCCAGGCACCAGCGGCAGGCCAUCAUUUUCAAGCCAGGGACGGAGCGCUGGGGCGCCGCCGGCACCCCGACGCAAGUGUGGGUCCUGGACCCCUCGGACCUCGCCGACAUCGAGGACACCGCUGAGUGGAGCCGCCGUGGUGGGCUGUCUCUUCCCGUGGCGGAGAGCUUCGUGGAGGCGCAGCUCGCGGGGAGCUCUUGCUGUUGCAGGAGGCGCGGGCACAGGACGGGCCCAAACGCCUCUUUCUUGCAUCAGCAGUACGCCAGUAUGUCGGGGGAGAUGCUCUGCGGUCACUCCACCUGCUGCACCGGCGACACGGCCCUCAGGACUUUUGCCGGGCCUCGGUGCGAGUCGGGCUCCACCAGGAGCGGCUCCGCAGAGUUUCGGACUAAAUGCUCCUCUUUUGGGGGCCUGCGGUGCCCCGAGCGGGAAAACAGGACUGACCGGUCGGAGGCAAAACGCUCACUGAGGUUUCUCAGUUUCUCCGGAUGUUAUCAAGUCACAGACCUGGGCUUGAGGGCUCUGUCGCAGCGUGGAGGGCUUCCUUUCCUGGAGCAUCUCAACCUGUCCGGCUGCCUCUUCAUCACUGAGGCGGGGCUGCAGGAGCUGGUGUCGGCCUGUCCGUCCCUCAACGACGAGCACUUCUAUUACUGCGACAACAUCAACGGUCCUCAUGCAGACACGGCCAGCGGCUGCCAGAACCUGCAGUGUGGUUUCAGGGCCUGCUGUCGCUCCGGAGAGUGAUCCGCCCGGCAACACUCUCCUGAAAACAAAACAAAAAGAUAAAUAUCACGUCUCCUUUUUUAUGCACUUUAUCCUGGAAUACCGGUUUAUGUAUUUCAUGUCACUUCAAAACAAAAUGUUUCUGGAUGAAACGUUUUUUGUUGCUCCUGUUAUUUCCAUCUAUAUUAAAUGGAAAUAAUCUUUUUAGGAAAGGAAAACACAAAAGGGGUGACGAUGGAUUUGAAGUGUCUGAACAUUUUGUAUAUACGUCUUCUUCUCCUGCUGUGUGUUUAGUUGAUCCGUUUAUAAUAUCAGCAAAGUGUAGACCGACAUCUUCAUCAUCAGUUAAACACGCUGUCACUUAUUGGAGAGCAGGAUGUACAGAUAUGAGAACUGCUACACGAGUGUAUUCUUAAACUUUGUGAAACCAGAUGUUCACUCUCACCAAAACAAGCUCUUUCUUCUUCAUGAACUCCAAUGUUUAAUAAACGGACCAAUGUUCACCUGAGAGGGACUUGAGCUCAUCACUGAGGAGCUUCUAGAAGAUUCAGAACGAUUCCCUUCAGAUUGAGAGAAGCUCGCACUGGUUUCAGGAGAUCGUACUUCAUCUUCUCUGCAGCAGAAAUGUAUUUUGUGCAUGAAGAGUUCUGUUGGAGAUUCAUAAACGGAACAAUAAAGAAGUGUCGUGGGGUUAAAAGCUC